AAUAAAAACUAUAGUAAAAUAAUUAUAGUAUAAGAUAUUUUGUUGACUUUAGACAUAGAUCCAAUCAAAACGUGAGUUUCUCUCACUUGUUGUGGACUUUGUGAAAGGAGAAAUCGAGAUUAUCAAUCAUCAUCAUCAUGUGGCCGUUCAGCAAGAAAGGAGUUUCUGGGUUUUCAUGGAGUUCAACUGCUGAACAAGUUACCCAUGGAAUCGAUGCCACUGGUCUCACUGCUAUUGUCACUGGAGCAUCCAGCGGCAUUGGGGCUGAGACUACUCGUGUCCUUGCUUUGCGUGGUGUUCAUGUGAUUAUGGGUGUGAGGAAUUUGGUUGCCGCUAAAGAUGUCAAAGAAACAAUACUUAAGGACAUUCCCUCAGCAAAAAUUGAUGUCAUGGAGUUAGAUCUCAGUUCAUUGGAAUCUGUCAAGAAAUUUGCCUCUGAGUUUAUUUCCUCUGGUCUUCCAUUGAACAUCUUGAUAAACAAUGCAGGAAUUAUGGCAUGCCCUUUCAUGCUAUCCAAAGACAACAUUGAAUUACAGUUUGCAACAAACCACUUAGGUCAUUUUCUCUUGACGGAUCUUUUGUUGGAGACUAUGAAGAAAACAACACGUGAAAGUAAAAAAGAUGGAAGAAUUGUUAUUGUCUCUUCAGAUGCUCACCUAUUUGCAUAUUCCGAAGGAAUCCGUUUUGACAAAAUUAAUGAUCAGUCAAGUUACAGUAAAUGGCGAGCAUAUGGACAGUCAAAACUUGCUAACAUUUUACACUCCAAUGAACUUGCUAGAAAAUUAAAGGAGGAUGGGGUGGAUAUCACUGCAAAUUGUCUUCAUCCUGGAGCCAUUACCACCAAUCUUGUUCGUCAUAACAGUACAAUCAAGGGUAUAGUAAAUACCGUUGGCAGACUUGUUCUAAAAAACGUUGAGCAGGGAGCAGCCACUACAUGUUAUAUAGCAUUGCACCCACAAGUGAAGGGAGUUAGUGGCGAGUUUUUCUCUGACAGUAAUGUGGCCAAAACAGGUUCAAAAGGGAGGGAUGCUGAUUUGGCUAAGAAACUCUGGAAUUUCACCCUCAAUUUGAUUCAGGAGAAAUAGCAUAUAACCAAGUGGCAUACAUUGUAUAUGCGUAUGUGGAUAGUAUUAACAGAAUGUAAUCACCUAUUUUUAAUGGGAUGUUGAUUCCUACUUUAUUCCAUACGCUUAAAUUCCUAUUACUGUAUGAAACAGUAUAUCAAUAAUAUGAGUGCACUUGAUAUAUUUAUUAAUUUGAAACAGUAUAUCAAUAAUAUGACUGCACUUGGAUAUA